CUUCCGUCACAACCAAAAAGGUGGAUAAAUUAUCAUAUUUAUAUUAUUUAGAUCUUAGGCUUGAAACGCUCCCACACAUAUUUUUGUAGAAGUCUAGGCCUAGAUCUUGAUCUUAUAGAUCUAUCUGUAUUGUAGUGGUACUGAUUUUUGGACGUUAAGUUUCUUACCAGUGUAGACCAUGGAAAAAUCACCCAGAUCUCUAUUUAUUUCUCUUUUUGUUUGCGUUUUGUGUUUAACAACAAUCAUUCAAAGUGCCAAACCAGAAUCAGAAAACCAGGGAGCUUUAAAAAAUGACGGUAGUGGAAACGGUAAAUAUGAAGCAGUUGUUAAUAAAGAUCGCAAUGAAGAAGGCUCAAUAUUCUUUCAUCAUAAUUAUGAGUCAAUGGUCAGCUUAAUGACUGAAGUGAAUAAAGCCUGUCCAGAGAUAACAAGAAUUUACAAUCUCUCUGAGCCAUCAGUUGAGGGACGAAACUUAACUGUUUUAGAAAUAACAGAGAAUCCUGGAGUUCACAAGCCAGGAAAACCAGAAUUCAAAUAUGUAGGCAAUAUGCAUGGUAAUGAAGUUGUUGGAAAGGAAAUGCUUUUGUAUUUAAUGGUUGCUAUGUGUGAACUUUACAAGAAAGGAGAUGAGUUAACUAAUUUUAUUGUAAGCCAGACACGUGUUCAUAUUUUGCCAUCCAUGAAUCCCGAUGGUUGGGAGAAAGCUUACAAGGAAAUGCUGGAAACUGGAGAAGCAGGAUGGCUUACAGGAAGAUCAAAUGCUAAUAAUGUUGACUUGAACCGCAACUUCCCAGACUUAAAUGCUAAAGUGUAUGAGAAUGAACGAGAUCAUAAAGGCAGAAACAACCACCUAAUGAAAGUUGAAAAUGCUAUAGCUAAUGACAAAUCUCUGCAGCCAGAAACUAGAGCAGUUAUGCGUUGGCUAGCAAGUAUUGGAUUUGUUCUAUCUGCUAAUCUUCAUGGGGGUGAUCUAGUGGCCAACUAUCCUUAUGAUGAAACCAGAUCCGGAAAGAGCCAAGAGUACACUGCCUGUCCUGACGAUCAUACUUUUGUUUACCUGGCCAAGUCCUAUGCUUACUUUCAUAAAACUAUGGCAGAUGCUAACAGAAUACCCUGUGAUAAAGAAGGAGACAACAAACCUAUCACAAAUGGAGGUCUCUGGUAUUCUGUAGCCAAAGGCAUGCAGGACUACAACUACUUAAACACCAACUGUUUUGAGAUCACUCUGGAAUUGGGCUGUGACAAGUUCCCCAAAGCUUCAAAAUUACAAGAGCUUUGGCUAGACAAUGCUGCAGCUCUGUUUAACUACAUUCUACAGACGCAUGUUGGAGUUAAAGGAUUUGUCAAAUCUGUAAACAGUACACCAAUAGCCAAUGCUGAAAUAAAAGUCAACAAUCUGGCCUCUGGUCUGCCUAUAGAACAUGAUAUCUUGUCUUUGGAAGCUGGAGACUAUUAUCGACUACUGGCUGAUGGCUACUACAAAAUCUCUGCCAAGGCUGAAGGCUUCCACCCCUCUUUCCACUGUGUACACAUUGUGAACAACAUCAAUGUAGGAGAGUCUGGCAGCGAGCUGUCCCCUGCUCCUGAGCUGAACUUUUCUUUAGUUCCCAGCUCUCAGCCAGAACCUGAUCGUAGUCAAGAGCUUGAGACCUGUCAGGCACUGUGGGAAGAAGUUCAGGCCAAAACUCAACUAGAUGACAGGGAUCUGCUAGUGUCUGUUCUGUCCUACUUGGAUCCCACCACCAAGUGGUCAGCUCUGGCGGACAGGUUGACAACUGUACAGCUGUACUACUAUCUAGGUGAGGGGCUGAAAACUCUAAAACCUGACCAGAUGAGAGAGGUUCUGAAACUUUUACCAAGAGCUGUGCAAGAGCAGCUGGAUUUAGUCAUCACAGCCACAAUGGAAAAAGAGUAAAAAAUUAGUUAAUAAACUAUCAUUUUAAGGUCUUAGAAGUUUUAAGCAUUAAAAUAGGGUACCAAAUUUUAUUUCAUACGAUCACAUGGUUGAAAAUAUAAUGCAAGGACCAAAUUUAUUUCAUAAUAGUCACACACAAGAAAUAUACUAAUUUUACUCUGUAAUGAUCACACAAACUUAGCCGACAUUUAUGUUAUUCUUCUAAAACAUGAACAAAAAUAAUUUUUAUAACUUUUAUGUACUUUAAUUUCUACUUUUAAUUUUAAUAGCUUUAUAAGUUUGUUUGCAAAUUUUAUAUAUUAUACUACAUUUGAACAAGUUUGUUGAAGAAAAUGCCUGUGAACUACCAGUGAGAUGGAACAGCACACAAUUUUUUAAUAGUUAAAAACCUCACAGACACCCAGAUUAAUUAAAAGAAGUUAUUAAUGUCUUAAGUUAUUAUUAUAACUUACAAUUAGAUUUUAAAUUCACAGAAAAUUAUUAUUUUAUUUUACACAUUGCCCUUUUUAAUUAAAAUUUCACAGAAAGUUAUUAUUUUAUUUUACACAUUGCCCUAGCUAAUGGCUGUAAUCAUUGAUGUUACCUUUAGAAUAGGUAUUGUAAUUUAUACUUUUUAAAAAUAUUUUCAGAGUUAAACUGAAAUUUAUAUUUUAACCCUGAUACUGGUACCUUUAACUGUGGACAUUGAAAUAACUGUUGUAUGUACUUUUUCCACACUCUAAUCGUAGAGCCACUUGCAUAAUAAAUAGAGUCCUAUUUGUUUACUGAGAGUUGUUUUAGGAUCAGGAGCCACAUGUUGCCAACUUCUGCACAAAAAAUAAUCUAAACUAAUUAAUGUGCAAUGUUUAAUGAAACUACAGCAGUAUAUGAUAUAUUAUUAUUAUAUUAUAAAAUGUAUUCAGUCCCUCUUGCUGUUGUCUGGUCCAAUAUGUGUGAUGUGUUAGCUGUUUACAGUACUUUAGUAAUGUACUUUUUCUCUAUCUGCUACUUAUAAUAAAUCAAAAGCGGUGAAUGAAUUACAGACAUUCUACAACAUUUGUCAAAAAAAUUAGAUCACAAUUUUUCUCAUUAUGGACCAGCUAGGGCAUGACUUUUUCUUGUUCCAAAUUUAAUAUAUCUUACAAAAACUGUUCCACGUAGCAAUAAUGGUUUAGUGAUCUCAAGAGUUUUGACUUAUACAAUUUCUUGCUUAAUUUAAUGUAAAUCAUAUACACAAAAAAUCUAUUUUUCAAUUUACAUCUAUAGAAAUGUGUAGUUUUAUUUUGUGUCUGUAAGAAGUAUUGUUAUUUUCUGAUCAGUACAGCAUUUAUCUUUUAUAAAUAUUUAUUUUACAUGCAUUUGUUUUCUUCAAACAAAAAAUUGUGAUAACUUUUAUGUGCAAUACUAAUGGAAAUUUUUAAAAAAUAUGUUCAUUUUACAUUGUAAUGGAAAUUUAAAAAAAAAUGUUCAUUUUACUUUGCAAUUUAUAAUGUUACAAUAAUAAGUUGAAACAAAAUCCAAUCAAAAUAGAAUUCCAGUAUCCAUUCCAAGUACUUUUUUUGUUUGUCUAUACACAUUUUUCAUCAAGGCAAACUAUAUAUUGCAUUCCCAUGAAGUUUAUUUUAAAGGGUUUUUAAUGAUUUUAUUAUAAAAGAUCUGCUUUGUGUUUUUAAUCAGUUAUGUUAAACAUUUUAGUUUUAAAAAGGAAAGGAAUUUUGUUGUUUAUAAAUUAUAGUUCAGGGUAUCCAGCAAAUUAUUGUGUUGUGAUUUUUGUGAUAUUGGUGUAUUCUUUUCAAUCAAUCCACCAGUGUACUCAGUACUCACACAGAAGAAUAAAAGCUUAUUUUAAAAUCA